CAGAAUAGGCUUGUCAUGCCGACGCUUUUUUAUUCAUUAAGCCUAACUUCGGUAUUUGUACGGUAUUCCAUCGAUAUGUUUUUACGACUUUAGUAGAAAUUAAGUAGUCGCACUUUGGUAUAUGUGGGUAUUUGGAUUCCAUAUUAUCUUUUGACGACUUUAGUAGAAACCAUGUCACGUGACAUCCACGUGGCGUCGUGCCCAUAUAAACCCCACAGGCUCUGGAAACUGGCGGGAAUUUGACGCACGUCUCACAAGCCGCCGUGCCUCCGCAACCAUGACGGCUACAGCCAACUCGCGGAAGCGCCCACAGCCUUCUCCGGCGGCAACGCCGUCUCCUCAAUUGAAGCAUCAGGCAGUGAUGGAGGAGGAGGAGUUGGACGAGGAUGUAUUUCUUGAAGAAACCCUACUGCAGUAUGAGGAGGAAGACUCUCAGCGCCGUAUCCACGCGGAGCGCCUUGCCAAGUGGAAGCGUCCUGCACUUUCACCUUCCCUUGUGUCCCACGCUCAAAACAUCGUAUUUCAGCAGCUAGAAAUUGAUUAUAUCAUUGGAGAUAGCCACAAGGAGCUUCUUCCAAGUUGGUCAGGUCCUGCUGCAAUUAUCAGGAUUUUCGGGGUAACUAAAGAAGGACACAGUGUUUGCUGUAAGGUACAUGGUUUUGAACCAUAUUUUUACAUCAACUGCCCUCCUGGAAUGGGUCCUGACGAUAUCUCCCGUUUCCAUCAAAUACUUGAGGCUAGGAUGAGAGAAUCAAACAGAAAUAAUCAGGUUCCCAAAUUUGUUCGUCGCAUGGAAUUGGUUCAGAGAAGAAGCAUAAUGCAUUACCAACAGCAUGACUCUCAGCCAUUCCUGAAAAUAGUAGUAGCAUUGCCUACAAUGGUCACGAGUUGCCGUGGCAUCCUUGAUAAAGGAAUACAAAUUGAAGGACUGGGUAUGAAGAGUUUUAUGACAUAUGAGAGUAACAUACUUUUUGCGCUCCGCUUCAUGAUUGACUGCAAUGUUGUUGGGGGAAACUGGAUAGAAAUUCCUCAAGGAAAAUAUAAGAAGGGUGCAAGAAGUAUCUCCUAUUGUCAAUUAGAGUUUGACUGCCAUUUUUCGGAUUUGAUCAGUCAUGCUCCUGAAGGAGAAUUCUCAAAGAUGGCUCCAUUUCGCAUACUUAGUUUUGAUAUCGAAUGUGCUGGGAGAAAAGGCCAUUUCCCUGAGCCCACUCAUGAUCCUGUUAUUCAGGUGGCCAAUUUAGUAACGUUGCAGGGUGAGGAUCAACCAUUUGUUCGUAAUGUGAUGACCCUUAAAUCUUGCUCACCUAUUGUUGGUGUUGAUGUCAUGUCAUAUGAUACGGAAAAAGAACUUCUAUUGGCUUGGAGGGACCUUAUCCGAGAAGUUGAUCCAGAUAUCAUAAUUGGAUAUAACAUCUGCAAAUUUGAUUUGCCAUAUCUCAUUCAGAGAGCUGAAGUAUUGGGGAUAGCUGAAUUUCCAAUACUUGGGCGGAUUCAAAAUAGCAGAGUUCGUGUUAAAGAUACAACAUUUUCAUCCAGACAAAUGGGAACAAGGGAAAGUAAAGAAGUUACAAUUGAGGGGAGAGUUCAAUUUGACCUGCUACAGGCUAUGCAAAGGGACUACAAACUAAGUUCGUACUCACUAAAUUCUGUUUCUGCGCACUUUCUUAAUGAGCAGAAAGAGGAUGUCCAUCAUUCAAUUAUAUCAGACCUUCAGAAUGGAAAUUCGGAAACCAGGAGACGUCUUGCUGUCUACUGUUUGAAGGAUGCUUACCUUCCGCAGCGCCUUUUGGACAAGUUGAUGUUCAUUUAUAACUAUGUGGAGAUGGCUCGAGUAACUGGUGUUCCUAUCUCAUUUUUGCUCUCCAGAGGGCAAAGUAUUAAGGUAUUGUCACAGCUUCUGAGGAAAGCAAAACAAAAAAAUCUGGUUAUUCCAAAUGUCAAACAGGCUGGAUCAGAACAGGGAACUUUUGAGGGUGCAACUGUCUUGGAAGCCAGAGCAGGGUUCUAUGAAAAGCCUAUUGCAACGCUGGAUUUUGCAUCUUUAUAUCCUUCAAUUAUGAUGGCAUAUAAUUUAUGUUAUUGUACCCUGGUAACACCAGAAGAUGCAAAAAAAUUCAAUCUGCCUCCAGAAUGUAUCAACAAAACUCCAACUGGGGAAACAUUUGUCAAGUCAAAUUUGCAGAAGGGAAUACUACCUGAAAUUCUUGAAGAACUUUUGACUGCGCGUAAGAGGGCUAAAGCAGAUUUGAAGGAAGCAAAGGAUCCUCUUGUAAGGGCGGUGUUAGACGGCAGACAACUUGCUUUGAAGAUUAGUGCAAAUUCUGUGUAUGGAUUUACUGGAGCUACAAUUGGUCAAUUACCUUGUUUAGAGAUAUCUUCAAGUGUUACCAGCUAUGGUCGACAAAUGAUUGAUCACACCAAAAAAUUGGUGGAAGAUAAAUUCACUGUUCUUGGGGGAUAUGAGCACAAUGCUGAGGUCAUAUAUGGAGAUACAGAUUCAGUUAUGGUUCAAUUUGGCGUGUCCUCUGUUGAGGAAGCAAUGAAAUUAGGUAGGGAAGCUGCUGAUUAUAUUAGUGGCACUUUCAACAAGCCUAUAAAGCUGGAGUUUGAGAAGGUUUACUAUCCAUAUCUACUAAUCAGUAAGAAGAGAUAUGCUGGCCUUUACUGGACAAAUCCAAAUAAAUUUGAUAAGAUGGAUACUAAAGGGAUUGAAACUGUUCGAAGGGAUAAUUGUUUGCUGGUAAAAAAUCUGGUGACUGAAUGCCUUAACAAGAUACUGAUUGACCGAGAUAUCCCUGGGGCAGUUCAGUAUGUCAAGAACACAAUCUCAGAUCUUCUUAUGAAUCGCAUGGAUUUAUCCCUUUUAGUCAUCACUAAGGGUCUUACGAAAACAGGAGAUGACUAUGAAGUCAAAGCUGCACAUGUAGAACUCGCCGAACGGAUGCGAAAGAGAGAUGCUGCUACUGCUCCAAAUGUGGGGGAUCGAGUACCAUACGUCAUUAUUAAAGCAGCCAAAGGUGCCAAGGCAUAUGAAAGAUCAGAGGAUCCAAUCUAUGUGUUAGAGAAUAACAUUCCCAUAGACACUCAUUACUACCUUGAAAAUCAAAUUAGCAAGCCACUGCUUAGGAUCUUUGAACCCAUCUUAAAGAAUGCAAGCAAAGAGCUUCUUCAAGGAAAUCAUACAAGAUCUAUAUCAAUUUCUACCCCUUCAAAUAGCGGAAUUAUGAAGUUUGCUAAAAAGCAAUUAACAUGCAUUGGAUGCAAGGCUUUGAUCAGCAACUCAGAUCAUACUCUGUGCUCACAUUGCAAAGGAAGAGAAUCCGAACUGUAUUGCAAGACAGUGGCAAAUGUUGCCGAAUUAGAGGAGAUUUUCGGUAGGCUAUGGACACAAUGCCAGGAGUGCCAAGGCUCACUUCACCAGGAUGUUCUUUGCACUAGCCGAGAUUGUCCAAUAUUUUACCGGAGGAAAAAAGCACAGAAGGACAUGGCAGAAGCUAAGACACAAUUGGAUCGAUGGAGCUUCUGAUCUUCAAACAUACAUUUUGUACAUUGUCAAAAUGAUUAGGCAUGUCCAUUU